GGGUUAUCAUCUAGGUCUAAGCGUUCAGGAAACUCCAGUAAACUUUCAAGUAAGUGUACACAAAUAACAAUGACAUAACAUGUGCAUAUACAGUCAUCCCUCACCAUGUCAAUGUAUCGUGGAUUUCUUACUUGUUUAUAUUCUAAUUUAGAUACCCAUAUAGAAUUUUAUAUGUGGUAAAAUUAUAAGGUUUACAAAGAGUGGAGAAUGUGUUAGAGCUCAGGAAGCUUUAUAAGAGUUUAGGAGGGUUAACUGAUGGCAUCCGUCCGUCACAAUGUGAUGUUAGAGUGUAUGAGGGUUAAUUGAUGGCAUCCGUCCGUCACAAUGUGAUGUUAGAGUAUAUGAGGGUUAAUUGAUGGCAUCCGUCCGUCACAAUGUGAUGUUAGUGUAGAUUUCACAAGACGAAAUCCACAAGGCCUAGGAUUAUUCUUUUUAGGAUUGUAACUGGUUCCCUGCACAGCAAAUCGCAUCUCUCCACGCCCAUCAUAUGUGGAUGAUACAGCUUGGCACCAGUGGCGUCGCCGGAGUUGUCCGAAUGUUUCAUUAUACCAAUGCUAUCCGCCUACGGGACUCCAUCUCCGGAUUUGAAUUCAGAGUUUCCUUCUCUUAGAGGAGUUGCCAUCCAAGGUUAACGGGUUCCGUCCACCCAGGGUGCUCAUGAUGUUUUUUGCUUGACUUAAGAUUAAUCAAAAACUAUCCUACUAAUAUUUCUCUUUUUCCCUGUAUAUCUACUAUUUUCUUAUUGCCUUGUAUUUAUCCCUGGAUAUUCUGGUCCAUUAUUAUUGUGGACCUUAUUUUUCACAGUGUCAAUAUUUAUAUUCUCUCGCUUCCUGUGUUCCCACUUCCGGCGACAACAAUGGAUAUUUCUUGAGUUGUUUACUGUGCUCUGUUCUUUGGGAUUUUUUUCAUUUGUCCUGUGCGCCAAAGAAGGCUCUAUGCCAAAAUGUCCUAAUCUUUUUGUCCUGUUCUCUUAUUCAAGCUUCCACAUACCUCGUUUUGCUAUUUCAUUGAGAUUGAGACCACUCGGCCACCCAGCACCCUUGGGAGGGCUUAUAAAGACUUAAAAUGUGCAUAAGUAAUAAAUUAAAUAUAAGGUUGCCACUUCGAAGAUUUUCGCUCAUGGGGGUGGGAGAGGGGUGCCUGGAACCUAACACCAGUGAUAGACGAUGGACCACUGUAAUACAUAAUUUAUACUUGGCAUUAAUUUGAUGACUUAUGGUUUAAGUUCACUGCGUAAGUUCAACAUCCAUUACAAAUGUAAGCAAGGAGGAUGGGCGUCUUUUAAAGAGAUAAUCUGGUGUAACAUUUUAAAUAUGGAAUCCAUCUUCAUACCUUCUCUUUAUUGGUCAGAUAUAAAACUUUCUUCAUGUCGAGACUGUUGGUCUGAUAAGAUAGAAAAUUGUUAAUUUUAAACACAGGGGUUGAGGCGGAGGGGGGGAAAGAACAAUGAAAAAAGGGCAAAACAAAAACAAACAUGUCUGCUGAAUCCUUCUUCAACAAACAGAGCCGUGAGCAUUGACAAAUGAUUUAAAGAGCAGAUCUUAGGUAGCAUCCUAGAGCUAACGGUUAAAUGUAUUUUAUAUCAUUUCUUUUUUCAAGUACAGUGGAACCCCGCUAUAACGCGCCCCGCCAUAACGUGAAUUCGGAGAUAAUGCGGUCGUAGCAUGGCUCCCGAAAUUUGAAAUUCAUUUACUCCUUCAGGCCUAAGUUCUUUGAAAAUUUUAUCCAUUUGCUUGAAAAGCCAUUUUUUAAAGCGAAAAAAUCCACAACUUUUCAAAAUAUCGUAGAAAAUGAGCCCCUAAACGCACCACGUUCAAACUAGUAUAAAAAUUAAUGCCGAAAACGAGGCUUUCUUCCGGUAGAACUAUAAAUAGUAUACACGUAUAUGUUUUCAGAAAAAAGUUAAAUAUUAUAAAACCGCGCAUUUACGCGACCCCACUUUUAAAGCGAUCCGAUUUUAUGGACCCUGAUCAUCGCGUUUUAGCGGGGUCCACUGUAUUUUACUACUUCCUUAAGAUAAAGAAUUUUUGUCUUACCAAAUAAAAUAAGUUAUCAGUUUUUGCUAUGCUUGGUAAUGAAGAUCAUGUAAAGUAUUUUGGUAAUGAAGAUCAUGUUAAGUAUCUUGGUAAUGAAGAUAAUAUUAAGUAUCUUGAGAAUGAAGAUAAUAUUAAGUAUCUUGGUCAUGAAGAUCAUGUUAAGUACUGUGGUAAUGAAGAUCAUGUUAAGUAUUUUGGUAAUGAAGAUAAUGUAAAGUAUCUUGGUAAUGAAGAUCAUGUUAUGUAUCUUGGUAAUGCAGAUAAUGUUAAGUAUCUUUAUUGGAAGGAAAUGUUCAAAAGGAGAGAGAAAAAUUUAGCCAAAAGCAAAAGACAUUUGAUUUGGUUUUAUUUUUCUCCUCCUCAAUUCCAGGUUCCAGUAACAGGUCCAAGGACAUUUCUUGUAAGUCCUGGUUUGUGUGGACACACAUGUAUAUCAUCUGUUGUUUAGUAGACCAGGGGUGAGCAACCUAUGGCCGUCUGCCUUUGAAACAUUUAAUAUUGUCCACAAGACCCUCCAGGAACUGAAAUUAGUGUUUCCAUAAAAUGUGCACAUUUUAAAUAUUUCUCUGUGAAACCUUUUUUAAAUCAAUAGUGACAGUGUAAAAUAGUAAAACUGUAAUAAUAAUAAUAAUAAUCACAGAAAAUCAAACAAUUACUCCACUGCUUUUUUUCUUGAACAGGAGUCUUGGGGAAUUUCUGAAGUCUUUCUUCAAUGAAGUCUCUUACUCUUAGAACUUAAGACAAAAAUUAAUUAUACCCAUGAGGCUUUCUGCAGAAAAAGGUUGCCCACCCAUGGUGUAGACCCACAUGUGUAUUUGUCUGUUGUCUGCUUUGUGUGUCCUCUACAUGAGGAAUGUUUUUUUAAAAUAUCAAGCUUGGCAUACAGUAAAGUAAUAGUAAUAAGAAGAAAAAUAGUAAUCCUGUUAUUUUCCAAUGCACAAGCUCUUAUAAUAGCUCAGCCAUGUUAAGGUGACACAUGAAGUUGGUUUGGUUAAUAUUUUAUUGUAUUUCUCUAUAUUUCUCUAACAGGGUGCCAAGGCAACGCUAGCGAUGGCUACGGAUCAGAUGGAUCUUAUACAUCAAGAUUACUGUAAGUUUUUUUUUUUUCUUGAAGCCUCAAGUCUUGAAAUAUUUGGCAAUUUCAAUACAAAAUAAAAUAAAUAAUUGAAUGAUUGAUGAGAUUGGAAAUUGUAUCUCUGAAUAUUUUGCAACUGUGGCUGAACUUCAGCCCAUUAAUAACUCCAAGUGUGGCACACACAAAAAUCGUAAAACCAUUGUUAAAAUGUAUCAAAGGGUGUUUGUAACAAAACAAAAAUAUUUUUGACUAUUCAUUUCAGGCCAGGUAGUGGAAGUAAGGUUAGGAAAAUGGCAUUUACAGAAGCAGACAGUUCUGUUGAGGUAAGUACAACCUGUCCUCGGAUGUAUCGGGUAAUGGGCAGAUCACAUCUUUCUUAAGGUUUUAAAAAAUUGUAAUAUCGUUAAUCCACAGUUGACGUCAUAUUUAUAUUGACCUUAUCUUUCACUUUCAGAGUGCAAGAACAACAACACAUCGCCCACCAAGUGGAAGGACUGACAAACAAUAUCCUUGAGUCAUCUCAUUGCUGAGAAAUAUAUCUCUCUCUCUCUAUUUGUUGCUCAGUAUUGUCAGAUAUAAGAUAAAAGUCAAUAAGAGUUUUUUUUUAAAUAAGGAUUUAUGCAUAAGGCAUUAAGUAGGGACUUUUCUUAUACAGAUUAAAGGUUUGAGUGGCCUGUGUCUAUCAUGUGUUCACUUUGUGGCCUGUGUCUAUCAUGUGUUCACUUUGUGGCCUACAUCUGCCAUGUGUUCACUUUGUGGCCUACAUCUGCCAUGUGUUCAAUUUGUGGCCUACAUCUACCAUGUGUUCACUUUGUGGCCUACAUCUGCCAUGUGUUCACUUUGUGGCCUACAUCUGCCAUGUGUUCACUUUGUGGCCUACAUCUGCCAUGUGUUCAAUUGAAUGCUCAUGUAACCCUAAGGCUUGCAAACAAUAUUUUUAUAUGAGAAAAAUACGGAGAGGACAGCAUUCACAUAAUUCGCAUUUGAAUCAAUAAGAAAUAUACAAAGCUAAAGGCCUUUGACAGUAAAGAAACACAGAGACAAACACUCUUAGCCUGUUGUAAAGUUAUGUAGAUGCCAGCAAAUGGUAGACAUUUUCAAUUACGGAAAUGAACUGUGAAAUCAAAGAAUUUUGGUAUCAGAUUAAGAGGAAACAUAAAAGAUUAUAAAUAAAUAAACGUCAGUUUUUUUGUGUUGUCCUGUUUCAGGUUUUCCUCGACCCUUUGUACAUUUCUUAUUUUUUAAAUGCAAUGGAUUCAAUACACCGCACAAUGUUUGAAUGUAUUGUAAAGCUUUCUUUAACUCUUCUUAAACUGGCAAGUACACCAGAUGACAGUUACAAGACCAGGUCUCGGGUAAUCAAAUCAACUGCUCAAGGAGACAGCGGUAGGCUGGUUUAUCAAUUACUUAAUGCCUUGUAGUUAAAAGUCUAAAAUAUUAAAUUACAUUUCUGACAAAGUGUAAAAGAAGGAGACACUUAUUAAUGUUGCAAUUACCAGAAAACACAAGCUCUUGUUAUUUACUCUUAUCUCUAGUCUUCCUAAUAAAUUUGACCCAUUUUCAAGGUCAUUAGUGGAACGCAGUCUUUUGAAGUUAGGUAAAAAAAACAAUUGAGGACAACCUCAUGGAUUAAAAAAAUACUACAUUAAUAUUACCGGUCGUUAAUUUAAUAUUUAAAAGAAUAUUUAUUGUAUUAUAUAUUUUUAUUUUAUUUAAAAUAAAUCGGGCAUUAACGAAGUGCCAAUACAGCACAAUAAAAUAAUAGACGCAUAAUUAUUCUAAAAGCAUUAGCUAAAUAUGGAACUGUUUUCUUCUUAAAAGGAAAAGAAACUUUAAAAAAGCAAAUAUAUAUUAUUUAUAAAUAACUAUUUGUUCUCUGCUUGCCUUCAAAAUCAACUGGUCUGUAUAGAUUAAUGUUACCAGUUUAAUAAGUUUCAAAUUAAAAGAAUUAAUCCCAAGCAUCUAAACGAUGUAAUGUAUUUUAAUCAACGUCCAGGUGAUGACAGCGAGUAUUUUGAUCGCUCUGCGGAGAUUAGUGAAAUAGACGAGAGACUGGAUAGGCUACAACAGUUAAUGAAAGCAGCAAUGCCUUGAAACCGCUACAACUACAAUUUUAUUUAUGGUACCACUAAGUUUAUUUCUUGUCAUUCUUCUGGUUUACUGCUGAUUACUGCCUUGAAUUAUAGAAAGUUCAAAUAUGGUGUAGUUGAGACUACACUCUAGCCAGCCUACAAGAAUGUCACAUGGCAUAAUAUUUUAACUGACGACCUCACAUUCGUAUUCAUGUCAUGUAUUACUAUUAUUUAUUAUUAU